AUGGCUCUUCCAUUAUUACCAGAACCUGUUAUUGAAGAUACAUAUGAUGAAUUAGUAAGCAACUUGUCAACAACAAUGAGAACAGCAAUGAAUGAUUUAUUAAUAUACUUUCAAAAACAAUGGUUUGUGAAAGUUUCUACUUCUCAAUGGUGUGUUCCUGGUUUUGGCAUGAGAACUAAUAACAAUGCCGAGGGUAAACAUUUCAUUUUAUCUCCUUCGUAAUUUCAUACCUUUAUGUUUUAUGUAGCAUUUCAUAGUCGUUUUAAUCAUCAAGUGCAAGUUAAUCAUUCAAAUAUUUGGUCGUUCAUAAAAUUUCUACAAGGAUAAGAGUGUCGUUUUCAUCAUAUAUAUACUCAAUUUACUGCAGGGUUAGGUGCAAGAUCAAAACAAGCCAAAACAAUUUCUACUCAACCUCGUAUAGACAAUCUUGAUAAACGAUAUUAUGAUGGUCUUAUGAAUGUAAUGGAAUAUUUAGAUGGUUUAUCAUUCACAGUUGCUAAACGAAAGAAAUGACACUUUCUUACUUUUUUUCUUUUUCUUAUCUCUAACUUAAGUAUAAUCUAUGUUACAGUGUUAUUAUUAUAUCAAAAAUAAAGAACGUCUUUUACUCGAAAUUUUCGAUAUUUUUCCUUUCGACAUUUUUCCUUUCGGUGUUUCUACGGCACACCUAAGUGUGGGUAUGGGUACAAUUCUCAUAUCCAUGCAUACCCACAGCCACACCCUACCCACAUACUCACAGCCACACCCCAUCCAC